CACCGAUUGUUGUGUGGGUUUCGGACAUACCUGACCCUAACGAGACAUAUAUACCUAUUUGUGGCACUGGUUUUACACACAUUACAAACUAACCCAACGCUUAAUAUCUCCGAUCGCUUAUUAACCGAGAUUUUUGUUGAGACAAAAUUUGAAAACUUCAAACUUCAGGAUCUAUUUAUAUAACACUUUUUGUGUGCAUAACAUAUACUAAAAGGGUGUACGAGAAGUUCAUUAUAAUGAGUUCAACGCAAUUCAACGUGGGCUUCAGCAGCGCUAAAAACUCGUCCAGGGUAUGGGAGGGAAAGGAUACCACUCCCGGAGCCCUACCAUUCAUAUCACGCCAUCUGAUAGGCCUCUCUCGCGAGGAGAUGGUUAUCGCACUGACCGUCAGUAUCACCAACUCAUAG